AUGUUUCCCUGCCUCCACUUUCUUGACAUCACGGACAACAUCUUUAUAUCUUUUUUUAUUGCACCUGGAUUAGCUAAAAGUACAAGGUGCUAUGGAAAGUAUGGAUGCUACAGCAACAAAGCACCUUUCAAUAGAAUCGUUCUACUUCCUCUACCCCCCUGGGUAGUCAAUCCCAAAUUUCGCCUUUACACCAGAUUACAUCCAGACACUCCACAGUUUAUCGAUGAUAACGAUGUGACCAAACUUCAGCAGUCGAACUACAAUGGAACGAAAAAGACCGUUUUAAUAGUCCAUGGAUAUGUUGAGAUCAGGCCUAAAUGGAUGGAAUACAUAAGAGAUGGCUUGCUAAGGAACUUUGACUGCAAUGUGAUAUUAGUAGACUGGUACACAGGUAGCCUUCCACCCUAUGUGCAGGCAGCAGGGAACACACGCCUGGUAGGCGUCAUGAUAGCAGAGCUGAUCAAGUUCCUAAUAUCUAAGGCCCAAAGCUCCGUGGAGCUAUUUCACGUUGUAGGCUUCAGCCUUGGUUCUCAUAUCGCUGGGUAUUGUGGGACAAGAUUGAAACAAGAGGGGCUCAUAUUGGAAAGGAUAACGGGCCUGGACCCCGCUGGGCCACUGUUUUCAACAACACACCCCCUGGUGAGACUGGACCCCAGUGAUGCUCGUUUUGUCGACGCCAUCCACACAGACGGUGACCGCUUUGGUUUGUAUCAAACUUCCGGUCAUUUGGACUUUUAUCCUAACGGAGGAUUGGACCAAACAGGCUGCGCAAGCAUCAGUAAUGGUAUCCUGAGUCCUCUUUUGUGCGAUCAUUUUCGAGCCACAGAUUACUUUAUUUACUCGCUGUCCCAGCAAUGCAUGCAUUCUAUGAAAGGAUUUCCUUGCAGUGAUUCCAACGGAUUUGAUCGCGCCCGCUGUCUCCAAUGCAAAAAUGGAAACUGUCCUGAUAUGGGAUAUAACGCCGUGAAGUACAAUGACGGCGGCGGUAAAAUACUGGGAAGACAUUUCUUAUAUACCACCAAAAGUGUACCAUUUUGCGUUCCUUAUUACACCGUGAUCACAUUCAAGACGUCUUGGUCGUGGCUAGUGGGGUUAUUUCGGGCUCGCAUUGUCGUCAAAUUAAUUGGAUCAAACGGAGAAUCUGAUUACAUGCAGCUUCAAAGUCGUAGUCUGAAGCGCGGUAGUGAUGAAACCUUCGUGAUGCCUGGAUUAAAAAAACUGGGAGCUUUGCAGAAAAUUCAAAUACAGCAGAAGUAUUUAUCCUGGCUGUUAAAAUGGAAACUCAUCAAAGUUACUGUGAUGAAGCCUGGAUGGACCGGAACGCAGUUAGACAGGAGCAACACACAGUCAUAUUCAGCUUGCUUCAACGCCUUUGUGGGAAGCAGAGGAGUCUUGCGGAAUCUACAGCAAGGAGAUGUAUCUUGUUGAAAGUUGCAAUUGUAUCUGUUCCAUUAAGUCUUCUGAAAAGCCAUUGUUGAUUCGUGAUUUUUCAUGAUGUGUUUUCGGUAAUAAACGGGCCAAAAGA